CUUCUCUUUCUCUCUCUUCACAUCAGUGUGUAACCGUCGACUUGACCUGAACUCCCAACCCCCACAUGGCCGCGUGCGGAGCAGACACCGCCCGAACCCUCGCCUGUCGCGACGGACACGCGGCAGCGCAGCUGAAGCUCAUCUCCAUCGCCGUUAUCUUCAUCACCAGCGUCGUCGGCAUCACCUCCCCCGUCCUCCUCGCCCGUCACUUCCAAGGCAAACCCGCCUACGACCGCGCCACUCUCUUGAUCAAGUGCUUCGCCGCUGGCGUCAUCCUCUCCACUUCCCUCGUCCACGUCCUCCCUGACGCCUUCGCCGCCCUCUCUGACUGCCACGUCGCCUCCCGCCAUCCCUGGAAAGACUACCCUUUCUCCGGCCUCGUCACCAUGAUCGGCGCCAUCGCUGCCCUCCUCGUCGACCUCACCGCCAGUGCCCACAUGGAGAGUCACACGGCUCACUCCCACGGCCAAUACGAGGUCCUUCCGGUGGCUACGCAGGAGGAGCCAGAUACCAAGAAGCCGUCUAUGUCGAUCGAGUUGAAAGUUGAGCCCGUGGCUGGUGCAGUUAGCGAUAGUGGCGGUGGCCAUAGCCACGAGGAGAUGGUGAUCAGGUUGAAGCAGAGAUUGGUGUCGCAGGUGUUAGAGAUAGGGAUUAUAUUUCACUCGGUGAUAAUAGGAGUGACGAUGGGGAUGUCUCAGAAUCAAUGCACCAUUCGGCCAUUGGUGGCUGCACUUGCGUUUCAUCAGAUUUUUGAGGGGAUGGGCCUCGGUGGCUGCAUUGCUCAGGCAGGGUUCACCUUUGGAACAACAGCCUACAUGUGCUUCAUGUUUGCAGUGACGACGCCAAUGGGGAUUGUGCUGGGGAUGAUCUUAUUCUCGGUGACAGGUUAUGACGAUAGUAGCCCUAAUGCCUUAAUCUUGGAGGGUUUGUUAGGAUCUUUCUCCUCUGGUAUUCUCAUUUACAUGGCACUUGUCGAUCUUAUAGCUCUUGAUUUCUUCCACAACAAGAUGAUGACCUCGAACUCAUGGUUGAGGAAAACUUCAUUCACCGCUCUUGUUCUUGGCUCUAUCUCCAUGUCCAUCCUUGCCCUUUGGGCCUAGAAGAGGCCGGAUUCUCAUUGUUUUUGUAAUAAACUUCAGGGGAAAGAAUUGGUAUGAGUUGCAUGUCCGGCAAUGUUGUGUGAAAUGUGAAAUGUAUAUUCUGAAAUCGUUAAUAGGUAGUAGAUAGCACAUUGUUGGCAUUGUAGCCUUGAUCUGUUGGAUCUUUUGGUGACCAAAUCGGAUUGAUAGAGCUGUGAUUCAGUUAUAUUAGAACCAUGGAUCCUAGACAUGCGCUUCUGUGAAAUAUGUGAUUAGUGGGGCGUAAAUACAGUACGAAGAACAUCAUUGUAAGCUUUGUCUUCCUAUCUAAUGAACCUUCGUUGCUCACUCUCUUUCUG